CCUCAUUUAUUGGGCAGAGGAAAGGUUUGCUCCAAAUGAAAAGUUGUUGUACACCUGCCGAAGGACACUAGUCAGAGUGAAAGGCAGGUGUAGUGCAGAGGCCACAAGACACUCAGAUUUAGCGUUGCCGCGGGUCGUGGCUUUCAGAUCAACAUCUGGUUGUGUAUCGAACUUUUUUUUGUCACAUUUGAUUUUGCCGCUAUGAGUUUUCUCUGCAAGCGAAGCGUGUGCUGCUGGUUUCUCCUGUUUUGCACGUUGUGUUUCACUUGCCUGCACAGCUCCAGCGCGAGUUCUUUGUGGACCGCUUAUGUGAACAUUUCCUUCGUCAAUCCAGAGAUCAAUGAGACUGUAUGGGAGGAUGAAGAAAGUGGGCUCUAUGGACAGAAUUCGUUCAUUACCAACGCCAACGGGCUAGUGGUUUUGCCAGACCCUCUGCAUGGCUGCUCCGAGCACCCCAUGUAUGAUGUACCCGAAUACGCAAAGAAAAAGUGGAUAGCCUUAAUUCAGCGGGGGAAUGGAUGUACAUUUGCAGAUAAAAUCACACAGGCUGUUUUUCGGGGUGCUGUUGCGGUGGUAAUCUUUAACUACCCCACUUUGGGAAAUGAAGUCAUUGAAAUGUAUCACCCAGGGGCGAAGGACACAGUCGCUAUCAUGGUGGGGAACAGCAAGGGCAUGGAGAUUGUGCAUUUGAUCCAGAGCGGGGUCCAGGUCACCCUGUCCAUCAAGGUGGGCAAUCAGCAUGGCCCCUGGAUGAGCCACUACUCGGUUUUCUUCGUCUCCAUCUCCUUCUUCAUCGUCACCGCCGCCACCGUGGGAUACUUCAUCUUCUACUCUGCCCGCCGGCUCCACACCUCCAGAGCGCUGAACAGGAGACAGAAGCAGCUCAAAGCGGAUGCCAAGAAAGCCAUCAGCCAGUUGGAGGUCCGCACUCUGAAGGCAGGGGACAAGGAGAUUGGAGCAGACGCAGACAGCUGUGCGGUUUGCAUCGAGGUCUACAAUCCGAACGAUGUUGUGCGCAUAUUAACAUGCAACCACCUGUUCCACAAAACCUGCAUUGACCCAUGGCUUCUGGAACACAGGACCUGCCCCAUGUGUAAAUGUGACAUCCUGAAGGCUCUGGGCAUUGAGCCUGAUGAUGAGGAAGCGAGUGAGCCAGUUCAAAGUGUGGCAGUGCUUAGCAGCGCCCCUGAAAUCAGUGCCCCGCUCCCCCCAGAGGACAGUCGAAGCGAGACCGCUUCAUCGGGGUACGCCUCUGUACGUGAAGUGGACGAGCGUGUAUUGGACGAGGAGGAGAAAGACGAUCAGAGUCCGGCGAACAGCGUGGUGAGGAUGGCGGUGCUCCCACAGUAUGACAACCUCACCUUUGAAACGGAGGAAGAUGUCCCUCACUAUGACAACCUGCAGCAAGUCAAGAUCUGAGCUGCUUCAUGCACUGGAGUUUCAGGACGCUGCUACCAUGGGACCAGGCACAGAAAUCAGUCGCACCCUUCUCUCCUGGAAAUGUUCUAUCGUGAAGUUGAUGUCACAAAACCAAUAAUUAACUGUAGGUUUGACCUGCUCUUAAAUCGGAGAUCUAUUAGCUACCAAUGGUACAAAUUUGAGAUGGUUUAAAACCAGGAUGGAAUUUAUAAAAACCCUAAAAGCAAACACUUUGCUCAUGCAUUGGUUUUAUUUUAUUGAGAGUCUAUGCAUGACACUUCAUGUAUAUAAAGUGACUAGAAAGUGGACAUAUUUGCAUAGGCUAAAAGGCUUUUAAGGGUUUUUAUUGUUUAAUUGUAUGUAAAUUUAUUAUACAGUUCUCUCGUACUGAAAUUUCAAGCUUGGCAAAAAAAACCAAUCACAUUUAUGAAUUAAUUUUGUUGCUGUUUAACUAAUCGUGGAGCAGUAAUAAAUGCAAUGUGUUUUUAAUGGUUCUUAAUUUAAAUGGCACGCAUUGUUCCAGUUUCUGUUUAAGUUCAAGUGAACUUAAAUGUUUAUGUAUGGUUUGUCCAAAUGGUUGUGUUUUUUUUUUUUUUUUUUUUUUUUUAAAUGUAGUGCCUUGAAAAAUGAUCAGAUUUCCAAAACCUAAAGAAAAUGGAUUCUAGUAGUGUUUUUUCUGCCUCCAGAGGCAUCUGUUGGAAUGUGUUGCAGUAAAAGGGCAUCAGCAAUAAGGGACAAAGUAACUUUUAGUUUUAAAGCUGUACAGUUUAAUUAAAAGCAUUAUAUUGGUAACUAUUGUAAGUAAAUAAAUAUGAAUAGGUGUCUGCUUUAGUCAGGGUUAUAAUACGAGAACAAGAUGCAAUGUCACCUGUGCUUAAAACAGAAAUGCUGCCCCCUGCUGGGCUGUUCUUUGUUUAUUACUUGUUUUGUGUUAUUACAUAACACACACCCCCCCCUCCCCCCCAAAGUAUCCCUGGGUGAAAACCUAUAAAAGUAAUUGGUUUAUAGUAAUCAUUAACCUUUACCUGUGGCGCAAGAAGUCCUUGACACAUGGUGGGUUUCAUUUUUUUAAAGUGUUGUUUUUUUGGUUGAGUCGUUCAUACCCUUGUCAUUUUUAUGCUUCACAUUUUAAAAUGCACAGCAGCUCCCGUUUUGGUAUGGAACCGAAGGGUGUCCAAUUCCUGAGCACAGGCUUACAUUUGUUUGAUUCACUUUAUCUGCUUACUUGAUUGCCUUAACUUUUUAAAACCACACGUGUGUGUUUUU